GUCUGUCCGGGAGGGGUCGCAUAAACGCGACGGCCGCGAGCUAGCGUUUGUGGCCAAAUUAGCGGCGCAUACAUAUUAUAGCGGCGUGACCAUUAUCACAAGUCGUAGUGUCGCGAGUGGCGUGAAGAAAGGGCGGCUCGCCCUUCGAUAAGCUAUCCCCGACGAGGCCGACAAGAGGCAAUCGAAAGCGGAUAGAGAACGCGGCGAUCUCCGCACGCUCCUUUCCUAAAUUUUCCCCGCUUCUGAUAGGGAGUGACAGAGAGAAAGAGAGAGAGAGAGAGAGAGAGAGGGAGAUAAGUAAGAGGAAGAAAGAAGAAAAGAGAAUUAGGGAGAAAGGGAGAGAGAUAGAGUGAGACUGACGGCGAUACGCUCCCCCCGGUACGUAGGUACGCUCCGGUCGUUCAUGGCUGCGGCUUGGGGUGGGGGAAAACAAGCCGUGUAACGACAUUAGAUCCCAAAAGCUUUAUGCAGGAAUAUGUCAAGUUUAAAAAUCGCUACAUAUGUCUGCGUUUAUAUUGUUGUGAAGUAACAAUAAUUAUUCCGUCAUUUUUAACUUGCUAACGUUUGCAAUUGCUCGUACCGUUGAUUAAGGAUUGUAAACAGGAGCAAACAUAUGAUACAAAACUGAAUAGAUUACUUGUACAGCACACACUCGUAUACACACAGACACACGUGCACACAGGUGUUGGUAAUGCACUUGCUUGCGCUACCCUUGAGAGCAAUGGAUUCUGACCAAAGAGAUCAGCAGGUGCAUCAGCACUGAAAAAAAAGUGAAAAAUAAAAAAGCAAAACCUAAAUAAUGAAUGCCUGCUGCACUUGCGCCCGCCGACUCUGUACAAGCAGACUUAAGAUUUAUUGAAGUAGUACGUGAGUAGCAGCUACUCACGCCACACUCAGCUGUACAUACAAAUCUAAAUACAUAUAUAUUAUCGUAUAUACACAUACAUAUAUAUAUGUAUUUAUUUUUUCGCACAUGGCAGCCAUGAAGCAUGGCAAGACGAGUCAAGACGACGUAUGUUACGUUGUCGCCAAGUAUGAUUACGGGGCACAGGGCGCUCAGGAGCUAGAUUUACGUAAAAAUGACCGCUAUCUGCUCCUGGAUGACUCAAAGCAUUGGUGGAGAGUGCAGAGCGCUAGAGGACAGGCGGGAUAUGUGCCCAGCAAUUAUGUUAAGAAGGAGAAGCCCUCCUUGUUCGACAGUAUUAAGAAGAAGGUGAAGAAAGGCUCCGGCUCCAAGACCCUGCCAUCCAGUAACUCGCCGUCCCGCGCAGUCGAGUCCCCGAUCAUGGCGCGACGUCUGCCAGCCGAUCCGAGCGAGGCCAUCGGCACCGCGGUCGUCAAGUAUAAUUAUCAAGCGCAGCAGCCUGAUGAGUUAUCACUCGUGAAAGGCACUAGGAUUCUUAUACUCGAGAAGAGCAAUGACGGCUGGUGGAGAGGUCAGAGCGGCACUCAAGCCGGUUGGUUUCCGUCGAACUAUACUCAGGAAGAGGGCGACGCCGACGACACGCUGCACACGUACGCGAUGGCCGAGAACGUGCUCGACAUCGUGGUGGCCCUCUACUCGUUUUCGUCCAACAACGAUCAGGAGUUGUCGUUCGAAAAAGGCGACCGUCUUGAGAUACUCGACCGUCCUCCAGCGGAUCCCGAGUGGUACAAGGCGAGAAACAGCCAGGGACAGGUUGGACUUGUGCCGCGGAAUUAUCUCCAGGAGCUCAGCGAGUACUUGACGCAACCGUACCGCGAGCGCGGCAUGACGAGUAGCGAAAUCAGCCAGGGUGAUUCCCUCGAACGGAGGCCGGACCCCGGCGAUCGGCCGCAUCUCGUCGGCAAACCUUGGUAUUACGGUAGUAUUACGCGCUCGCAAUGCGACACGCUGCUCAAUCAACAUGGCCAUGACGGAGAUUUUCUAAUCAGGGAUAGUGAAACCAACAUGGGCGAUUAUUCGGUAUCGUUGAAAGCGCCAGGACGUAAUAAGCACUUUAGGGUACACGUGGAAGGAGCGCUCUACUGCAUCGGUCAGAGGAAGUUCCACACGCUAGAUCAGCUCGUAGAUCAUUAUCAGAGGGCUCCAAUUUAUACCAAUAAGCAGGGCGAGAAGCUAUACUUGGUGCGGCCUCUACCAAAAGGCAAUGCCAGUAGCAACGGUUGCUAGACGAAUUCGUGCCAUGAAGAAAAAAAAGAAGAAGAAGAAGAAGAAGACAGUCCAUGCGCUUUCAGAUGUAUCGCUAAGAUACGCGACGCCUGCCUAGUAAUAUCAAUAAUAUCACUCAUCUCGUACGUACGUUUAUACAUAACAAUUGAUAUAAUUGGUCUACUCAUAAAGUAUUAGUGUUUCUCGAUUUGUUUUUUCCAUUUACACAGAAACGUAUAAUUUAUAUUAUUAUUAUUACUCUAUAAGUGAGGAAUCGGUAACACACUCUACUAUAACACUCCCUCGGAGCUUCCAAGACUACUCGAAUAAACGAACAAAGAAAAUCAUUUAAUACGGCAGCUAUUUAAUAAAUAACACACAGAUACACACACACAAGGCUUAUCUUUAUAUUCAUAUUGUAAUUGUGUAAAACGCAAAAACCGACCAUGUUAUAUUUACGAGUAAUAAUAUAUUACAACUGCAUAUAAUAUAGACUGCAAGUGUAAUGAUGAUCAAGUAAUAAUUAAUUAUUCACAUGCAAUUACGAAUGAUUAAGUGGAUCUCUAGAGCUAUUGGUAUUGAAUUAUAACAAAGACUAAGUGUUCAUUUGUGAUUUUGUAUUUAUUAGAAGUUUUUAAGUAAAAUAAAACUCUGUAUUUAAGUGUGCAUAAAAAAAAAAAAAAA